AACGCAGAAUAAAAACCAACGGUGUUGAUAAAACUCAUUCGCUGAUCUGAGUCGUCUCCUAUCUCCUCUCUUCUCCAGCGUCCGAUCCAUUCUCUUUCCUCUUUCUCCUCCCAAUCCUAUCCUUCUUAUUCUCUCGCGCCCUUUUACAAAUCUCUUCCUAAGCUAGGGUUUGAGCAUGGCGGCGGAGGCACCACCGGCGAGCCCAGGCGGAGGCAGCCACGAGAGUGGUGAGCACAGUCCUCGCUCCAACUCCAAUUCUAAUGUCCGUGAACAAGAUAGGUAUCUUCCAAUCGCCAAUAUUAGCCGGAUCAUGAAGAAGGCUCUUCCUGCCAAUGGUAAGAUCGCCAAGGAUGCCAAGGAAACCGUUCAGGAAUGUGUGUCUGAGUUCAUUAGCUUCAUCACCAGCGAGGCGAGUGAUAAGUGCCAGAGAGAGAAGAGGAAGACGAUUAACGGUGAUGAUUUGUUGUGGGCCAUGGCAACGUUAGGGUUUGAGGAUUACAUCGAUCCGCUUAAGAUAUACUUGACUCGAUACAGAGAGGUACUAAUUGGUGUAUUUCUGUUGUUAUUUUAUUGGGUUGAACGGAUGAUGCAGAUGGAGGGUGACACCAAGGGAUCGGCAAAGGGUGGAGAAACGUCUGUUAAAAGAGAUGUUCAACCCAGUUCAAAUGUCCAGAUUUCUCAUCAAGGGUCUUUUUCACAAGGUGUCAAUUAUACAAAUUCUCAAUUGCAGGUCCAGCACAUGAUGGUUCCUAUGCAAGGCACCGAGUAAACUUCUAUGCUUCUUCAACUGUUGCCACAAUUUAGAGCCCUAUUUAAUAACUUGUUGCAUGCUUGGCACCAAGACAUUAAUCCAAUGUAAACGAUAAAAUUAUGGAUGGUUUUAGUUCUCUUGUUGUGGCUACAGGUAUUUCGUGGUAAUGUUUGUAUAAUUAGGGUAUCUUUUGCAGUAGGAUGACUAUUUGAAGAAAUAUUGUAAAUCUUUGUCAAGGAUUUGUUAUCACGUAACGAAUUGAUUAUCAAGCAUCAUAUGCAUUCAUUUGUGC